CAGAAUAUUAGCAUUCGACAACCAGAGGCCACAAGUUUAGCACGAGCCAUCAACUUUAAGCGGCCAAAUGUUAAUCUAUUCUUCAACAAGUUAGCAACUGUAAUGUACAGGCAUCACUUUAGUCCAAAUGACAUAUGGAAACUGGUGCGACAACUGUACAGAAGCCCUCUAAAGUUGUUGCUAAGAAAGGUGAAAAACAAGUGGGUGCAAUUGUAAGUGCAGAGAGAGGCACUCUUGUUACAGUUUGCCAAGCAGUUAAUGCUGUGGGGAAUGCCACCCCCCCCCCCUAUGUUUCUGUUCCCAAGGAAGCAGUUCUUUGAGCGGAUGAUUCAAGAUGGACCACCAGGAUGUGUAGGCCGAAGCAAAGGAUCUGGAUGGAUGAGUGGUGAUGACUUUCUUGCAUUUAUGGAGCAUUUUGUAAAAUAUGCUCACCUAAGCUCCUGCUUUUGGACAACUGCGGACCCCAUAUGUCGAUUGCUACAAUUGAUUUUGCCAGGGAAAAUGGCAUAAUUUUGCUAAGUUUUCCUCCACACACAAGUCAUAAACUCCAGCCACUAGAUCGUAGUGUGUAUGGACCAUUCAAGACUUAUCUUAAAUGUGCCCAAGGGACAUGGUUACGCAACCAUCCUGGAGAGCGAAUGACAAUGCAUGAUAUUCCUGGAUUGGUCAACACCGCACUCACCAAAGCUAACACCCCCGCCAACAUCAUAAAUGGUUUCCGAAAAUGUGGGAUUUACCCCUACAACAGCGACAUAUUUGACGACCAUGAGUUUGCGCCAGCUGAACCAACUGAUCAGCCACUACAUCCAAACGCGGACGAUGCACAGCAACCAGAUGCCCUGGAACUACCACAAACAGCUCCUGAACAACCACCAAUAGUUCAUGAGCAGCCCCCAGCUGCCCCUAGAGACCAACUGGUCAUAUCGCCACCAACCCGAAACCAAGUACCUGAGCCUAUGGACAUAAACGAUGAAGAUGUCCCUUCCACAAGUUCAGCAUCUUUUAGAAAACAACUGACGUUCUCAUCGGAACCAAAUUUUAGCCCAGAGGUAAUUCGCCCGCUUCCGAAAGCACCAGCGAAACAAAAGACAACAACUAAAAGAAGAACGUUGAAAACAGCAAUUUUAAGAGAUACCCCCGAGAAAGAAGCAAUUAGAAUAAGAAAAGAAAAUUCUACAAAAAACAAAGGAAAGAAGUCAAAAAAUCAGAAAAAGAAAGUGACCGAGAAAUAAAAAAAAAGUCAGCAAGAAGCGGCUGAAGCUAUUUGGUUAUGCGAUAUAUGCGGUGGUUUUUCGAACAGCAGACCUGGAGAGGAGUGGGUGAAGUGUACAGUUGAUAGAUGUGAACAAUGGGCCCAUGAAGAGUGUAUAGAAGACAGCGAAACAUUUCUUUGCCUAGACUGCGAUAAGUAAAGGACAUAGAUAAACGUGUUGUUUUUAGGAACUGUAUGAUUUCCGAAGUUCAAAGUUUCUGUUGCUACAUACAGUAUAUACAGAAAUCAGAAUCAUCUUUUUCUCUUUCUAAUAUAAGAAAAUUGCUUAAAAAACCUUUAAAAUUCAUUUUAAAAAAAAUUAAAAGUUCAGUAUACGUAUGAUAAAUACACACAAUCCAAUACCAAAUUGAUCAUUUACUACUGCUACUGUAUCAUAAUAAUUAUAAUGAUAAUAAUUAUAAUAAUAAUACUGUAUGUUAAAUCCUGAAAAGUGAAAAUAAACAUGUUUGAAGAUUUACAAUGACUAGUACGUAUUGUAUUGCUUAAAACUGACUAAUACACAUCAUUUACAUUGGUGAUUCAACCAACCCCUUAUGAUGAUUCAACCAACCCCAUGACGGACUAAUUUACCUUUUUUUUUAAUGACCUGUUAAUUGCAGACUUUUAAUUUUUUGACAAUUUUUUUUGCUUUAGUAUUGGCAGAUAUACUUGAAGUUACAUUUCACCAAAUUUUAGCUAUUUUGAAGCACUCUGGCAGUGUC